ACUCGUCGUCUUUCCUUAUUAUACGUACUCCUUUUCGAGAGCUUCAGACUGUAUUCAUGAUGCUGAUAUGGUCGGUAAGUACUCUUCGUCUUUCCUUGUUAUACGUAUAUUACUGUAUUCAGGAUGUUGGUCAGGUCGGUAAGUACUCGUCGUCUUUCCUUAUUAUACGUAUUCCUUUUCGAGAGCUUCUCACUGUAUUCAUGAUGCUGAUCUGGUCGGUAAGUACUCGUCGUCUUUCCUUAUUAUACGUAUUACUUUUCGAGAGCUUCUCACUGUACUCAUGAUGCUGAUCUGGUCGGUAAGUACUCUUCAUCUUUCCUUGUUAUACGUAUAUUACUGUAUUCAUGAUGCUGGUCAGGUCGGUAAGUACUCGUCGUCUUUCCUUAUUAUACGUAUUACUUUUCGAGAGCUUCUCACUGUACUCAUGAUGCUGAUCUGGUCGGUAAGUACUCUUCGUCUUUCCUUGUUAUACGUAUAUUACUGUAUUCAUGAUGCUGGUCAGGUCGGUAAGUACUCGUCGUCUUUCCUUAUUAUACGUAUUCCUUUUCGAGAGCUUCUCACUGUAUUCAUGAUGCUGAUCUGGUCGGUAAGUACUCUUCGUCUUUCCUUGUUAUACGUAUAUUACUGUAUUCAUGAUGUUGGUCAGGUCGGUAAGUACUCGUCGUCUUUCCUUAUUAUACGUAUUCCUUUUCGAGAGCUUCUCACUGUAUUCAUGAUGCUGAUCUGGUCGGUAAGUACUCUUCGUCUUUCCUUGUUAUACGUAUAUUACUGUAUUCAUGAUGUUGGUCAGGUCGGUAAGUACUCGUCGUCUUUCCUUAUUAUACGUAUUCCUUUUCGAGAGCUUCUCACUGUAUUCAUGAUGCUGAUCUGGUCGGUAAGUACUCUUCGUCUUUCCUUGUUAUACGUAUAUUACUGUAUUCAUGAUGCUGGUCAGGUCGGUAAGUACUCGUCGUCUUUCCUUAUUAUACGUAUUACUUUUCGAGAGCUUCUCACUGUACUCAUGAUGCUGAUCUGGUCGGUAAGUACUCUUCAUCUUUCCUUGUUAUACGUAUAUUACUGUAUUCAUGAUGCUGGUCAGGUCGGUAAGUACUCGUCGUCUUUCCUUAUUAUACGUAUUACUUCUCGAGAGCUUCUCACUGUAUUCAUGAUGAUGGUCGGUUCGGUAAGUACUCAUCGUCUUUCCUUGUUAUGCGUAUUACUGUAUUCAUGAUGCUGGUUAGGUCGGUAAGUACUCGCUGUCUUUCCUUAUUAUACAUAUUCUUUUUCGAGAGCUUUUCUCUGUAUUUAUGAUGUAUUUAUGAUGCUGAUCAGGUUGCUAAGUACUCAUUGUCUUUCCUUGUUAUGCGUAUUACCGUAUUCAUGAUGCUGGUCAGGUCGGUAAGUACUCGUCGUCUUUCCUUAUUAUACGUAUUACUUUUCGAGAGCUUCUCACUGUGUUCAUGAUGAUGGUCGGGUCGGUAAGUACUCAUUGUCUUUCCUUGUUAUGCGUAUUACCGUAUUCAUGAUGCUGGUCAGGUCGGUAAGUACUCGUCGUCUUUCCUUAUUAUACGUAUUACUUUUCGAGAGCUUCUCACUGUGUUCAUGAUGAUGGUCGGGUCGGUAAGUACUCAUUGUCUUUCCUUGUUAUGCGUAUUACCGUAUUCAUGAUGCUGGUCAGGUCGGUAAGUACUCGUCGUCUUUCCUUAUUAUACGUAUUACUUUUCGAGAGCUUCUCACUGUGUUCAUGAUGAUGGUCGGGUCGGUAAGUACUCAUUGUCUUUCCUUGUUAUGCGUAUUAUUUUUCAAGAGCUUCUCACUGUAUUCAUGUUGUUAGUUGGGUUGGUAAAUACUUAUUGUCUUUCCUUAUUAUACGUAUUACUUUUCGAGAGUUUCUCUGUUGUUGGUCGGGUUGGUAGAUACUCAUCGUCUUUCCUUAUUAUUACGUAUUACUUUUCGAGAGUUUCUCAUUGUAUUCAUGUUGUUGGACGAGUCGAUAAGUACUCGUCGUCUUUCCUUAUUAUACGUAUUACUUUCUGAAAGCUUCUCAUAUAUUCAUGAUGUUGGUCGGGUUGGUAAGUACUCAUCGUCUUUCCUUAUUAUACGAAUUACUUCUCAAGAGCUUCUCACUGUAUUCAUGAUGAUGGUUAGGUCAGUAAGUACUCAUCGUCUUUCCUUGUUAUGUAUAUUACUUUCCGAGCUUCUCAUUGUAUUCAUGAUACUGGUCGGGUUGAUAAGUAUUCAUCGUCUUUUCUUGUUAUAUAUAUUACCUUCUUGAUAUUGGUCGGGUCAGUAAAGAUAUUUAUUAACAAAACGUUCGAAUCUAAAGAACCAAAAUUACAAUUUAAGAUAAACUUUUCCAAUUUUACCCUUUGAUCAAUACGCCACGUGGCAAAAAACAAUCAAGUGCUCGAGUGUAGGCUUACGUCAGAACUGUUAUUUUCAUGUAGGUUUCAGAAUUUGAUGAGUUGGCUGGUGGUUCUUUGCCACGUGUACAUGGAAAUUUCUCGUAACUAAUUGGGAA